GCGAUAUACACUCUCAGUUCUGUAUGGGCUCGUUUCUCCUUCCGAGAGGAGGGGAGAAUGAGAGGGGUGAGCUUCAGCGACUGUAUUAUAACGACCGAAGCAUGCUGAUUUAAACGUAACUUUCGUGGCCAGUGUGUAUGCGCUAGACUUCCUGAACUUUUGACUGGUCGUCUGCAUCAGUGACAUGGAGAUGCAGCAUGAUCCAGAUUUGCAGUUUAAACUGGCUUAUCCAGAUUCAGAAAAAGUUGACACGGGCCUCAAAAUCCGAGUGAGGGGCCAGUGGUCCAGUAAAGUGGAGUUUAUCUUAGCUGUUGCUGGCCAGAUCAUUGGUUUGGGAAAUGUAUGGAGGUUUCCAUAUUUGUGUUACAAGAAUGGAGGAGGAGUGUUUUUCAUUCCAUAUUUGGUCUUUCUCUUUGCCUGUGGCAUUCCUCUUUUUCUUAUGGAGACUGCUCUGGGUCAGUACACCAGCCAAGGGUCUGUCACCUGCUGGAGGAAGAUCUGCCCACUAUUUGAAGGUCUGGGUUAUGGGAGUCAGGUGGUCAUCUUCUAUUCCAGUGCCUACUACAUCAUCAUUUUGGCCUGGGCUUUCUUCUAUCUCUUCUCUUCUUUUAGUAGUGAACUACCAUGGGCUAGCUGCAAGAACUGGUGGAAUUCAGAGAACUGUGUCGAGUUUGAUCGAAUGGGAGGAACGAGAAACCUGAGCUUAAUGGAGAACGCAUCAUCACCUGUUAAAGAAUUUUGGGAGAGGCGAGUAUUGAAUAUAACUGGAAGUGUGAAUGAGCUGGGCAGUGUGAGAUGGGAGCUGGCUUUGUGUCUCCUGUUGGCCUGGAUCAUCUGCUACUUCUGUGUGUGGAAGGGAGUGAAGUCCACAGGCAAGGUUGUAUAUUUUACUGCUACAUUUCCAUAUGCUAUGCUACUGGUGCUUCUGAUUCGAGGUCUUACGUUGCCUGGAGCCAUUGAUGGCAUCUCCUUCUACCUCUACCCAAAUCCAACACGCCUUGCAGACCCACAGGUGUGGAUGGAUGCCGGAACACAAAUAUUUUACUCCUACGCUCUUUGCAUUGGGUGCCUUACAGCUUUGGGAAGCUACAAUAAGUACAACAACAACUGCUACAAAGACUGUAUUUAUCUGUGCCUGCUGAACAGUGGAACCAGCUUUGUGGCUGGCUUUGCCAUCUUUUCUGUUUUAGGCUUCAUGGCCUUGGAACAGGGGGUUGAUAUCUCGAUGGUGGCAGAGUCAGGCCCUGGUUUGGCUUUCAUUGCAUAUCCACGAGCUGUAGCAAUGAUGCCUAUGCCUCAGCUGUGGUCCAUAUGUUUCUUCCUCAUGAUUAUUCUACUGGGCCUUGACAGUGAGUUUGUGGGUUUGGAGGCUCUCAUGACAGCCAUAACAGACAUGAACCCCACUUUCUUCCUCCAAGGACACCGUCGUAAACUCUUCCUCCUCAUCAUCUGUGUGAGCUGCUUCCUCAUUGGCCUCCUGAUGGUAACAGAGGGUGGCCUGUAUAUCUUCCAGUUAUUUGAUUACUAUUCCUGCAGUGGAAUGACCCUCCUGCUAUUUGCCAUUGCACAGUCAAUAUGUAUUGGCUGGUUUUAUGGUGCUGAUCGUCUAUAUGAAAACAUUGUAGACAUGAUUGGUUAUCGUCCUUUGACGCUAAUGAAAUACUGUUGGAAGUAUGUCACUCCUGUUGUGUGUAUAGGUACAUUUAUCUUCUCUUUGGUCAAAUUCACUCCUUUAAAGUUUAAUAACACAUUCGAAUACCCCUGGUGGGGCUAUGCUGUUGGUUGGUGGUUCACUCUCUCUUCAACAUUGUUGGUUCCUUUAUGGAUGAUCUAUGUUAUCCUUAUCACUCCUGGUACACUGAAAGAGAGACUAUGUGUCCUUUGCACUCCAGCAAGUGAUCUACCUUUGACAUCAGAAAGACAAAAAGAAACCCUGUGACCGCAACACAAAGUACAACAUGUCCCAUGACUAA